CACAAAUCGCCAUCACAAAUCUUCGUCGCAGCCCUUCACGCUCUCUCGCGACGCAAGAUCUAGUAGCAUUCAUCAUAUUCGGAUUCGGUUCGAGAACUCGACAGUGAGAACUGCAUACAAAUAAUCCCCGAAACCGAUACCCCCGCGCGGGAGCUUGCCCAGCAUGCCUCCACCCCCUCAUCAGAAGCCGGAGAAUGUCUUGAAACGCGCUCAUGAGCUCAUGGGCGUGGGCCAGUCGCAGGCGGCGCUGGUCCUUCUACACGAACAUAUCACUUCAAAGCGAAGCCGAAAUGUUCCUAUUGCGUCUUUGGAGCCGGUUAUGCUCCUGCUCGUCGAGCAGUCUGUCGAGCAAAAGAAGGGCAAAUUGGCUAAGGAUGCCUUGUAUCAAUACAAGAAUAUCAGUCAGAACACAAAUGUUGGCACGAUCGAGCUGGUUUUGAAGAAGUUCAUCGAGUUGGCGGAGGAGAAAGUGAAGACUGCACAGGCCAAGGCAGAUGAAGUCCAAUCCGAGCUCGAGACGACUACCGCGACUGCCAGUGUCGACGAUCUCGAAGCCUCCGAGACCCCAGAGUCAAUCCUUCUUUCGACUGUAUCCGGCGAACAAUCCCGAGACCGCACAGAUAGAGCUAUCGUCACGCCAUGGCUCAAGUUCUUGUGGGAGACAUACAGGACUGUCCUGGAUAUCCUCAGAAACAAUGCGAGAUUGGAGAUCAUGUACCAAACUACUGCUAUGCAAGCAUUUGAGUUCUGCCAAAAGUACACCAGGAAGACCGAGUUCCGAAGACUCUGCGAGCUGCUCCGAAACCAUGUCCAGACUGCUGCGAAAUACUCUGCUCAGAUGCACGCUAUUAACCUCAACGAUCCGGAUACCCUUCAACGCCAUCUCGAGACCCGUUUCCAGCAACUGAACGUUGCGGUUGAACUUGAGCUAUGGCAGGAGGCUUUCAGGAGUGUUGAGGAUAUCCAUACCUUGCUUAACCUCAGCAAGCGUCCCCCAAAGAACGUCAUGAUGGCCAACUACUACGAGAAGUUAACCCGGAUCUUUUUGGUCGGAGAGAACUACCUGUUCCAUGCUGCUGCUUGGUCUAGAUACUACAACCUCCUCCGUCAAUCUGCUUCUAUGGUUGCGGCAGGCCAGAGCAAGAAAGCAGACAACCCGUCAACCUCUGAGGCUGAUCUGUCAAAGGCUGCCUCUUUCGUCCUGUUGUCUGCUCUUGCUAUCCCAGUCAUCAGCACCUCAAGAUCUCGUGGUGCUUUGGUAGACAUCGAUGAGGCCAAGAAGAACAAGAACUCACGUCUUACUCACCUCCUCGGCAUGGCUCAAGCUCCUACUCGUGCUGUUCUCUUCAAGGACGCCAUGAGCAAAGGUCUCUUGAAGCGUGCUCGUCCUGAGAUUCGCGAGCUUUACCAAAUCCUCGAGGUCGAAUUUCACCCUCUCUCUAUCUGCCAGAAGAUUUCACCCAUUCUGUCCAAGAUUGGAGCCGACGCGGACAUGGAGAAGUAUGUCUUGCCACUUCAGCAAGUCAUCUUGACCAGACUCUUCCAACAAUUGUCACAAGUCUACGAAACCGUCGACCUUGCAUUUGUUGAGAACCUUGCCAAGUUCCCGGAGCCGUUCCAAGUCACAAGAGACACAAUUGAGAAGUUCAUCAUGAACGGUAACAAAAAGGGUGAUCUGGCUAUUCGCAUGGAUCAUGCUACAGGUGUUCUCAGCUUCGAUACCGAUGUGUUCUCUUCUACCAAGGCCAUCCACGCCGGCUCUGGUGGUGGCUCAGCUGAGAGUGAGACAUCUUCCGUGCAAAGACUUCAAAAUACUCCUUCCGAAAUUGUCCGGACCCAAUUGACUCGUCUGGCGAGAUCUCUCUUCAUCACCUGUCAAUAUAUCGACCCUUCAUUCAAUGAGGCAAGAAUCAGGGCACGAGAUGCAGCAUAUGCUAGAGCUAGAGCUGGUGCUGAUCAAGAACAUUUAGAGACUUUAGCACGAAAGGAGGUCAUCCAGAAGCGAAAGGAAGAGGCAUCUGAAAUCCAAGCUCGAAAAGAGAAGGAAGAUGCCACCCGAAAACGAAUCAAGGCCGCCCAACUCCAAGAAGCUGAAGAUAAACGUCUCGCCCAAGAACAAAAGGACCGUGAAGAGAAGCGUAUGAAGGCUGAGCUAGACCGUGUCCGAAAGGAAGAGCUCAAGAAGCAGAUCGCAGAUCUCAAGAUUGGUCCCAAGGCCAUUGAUAUCGAUGUUGAAGAUCUGGAUAACCUCGAUGCCAACCGUCUACGUGCUAUGAAACUUGCUCAAUUGGAACGUGAGAAGAACGACAUCAAUGAGAAGCUUCGUGUCACUGGCAAGCGAAUUGACCAUCUUGAGCGAGCAUUCCGAAAGGAGGAAGCCAAGAAACUACCAGAGGACUACAAUCAACAGCGCGAAAAGGACUUCGAAGCUUACCAAAAGACAAAGCAACAGACUCUCAAGGAGGCUGAGGCCAAGCACAAGGAGAACGUUGAGCUGAAGCACAGACUGAGUCGAUUGGUUAGCCAUUACGAAAGCUACAGAUCCACGGUUGUUGAGCGGAGAAAGGAUGAGUUCGAAAAGCGUCGCCGUGAUGCAGAGAAGGAGCUCGAGAAGGCGAUGACACUACGCAGAAAGGAGUUCCGAGACCGCAAGGCCCGAGAGAAGAAGGAGCGUGAGGACCGAGAACGACAACUACGUGAGGAGGAAGAGCGUGCUGCCAAGGAAGCCGAGGAGAAGGCCGCUCGCGACGAGAAGAAGAGACAGGAGUUUGCAGAGCUCAAGGCUAUCCGCGAAAAGGAGAGACAAGAAGCUCUAGAGAUGGCAGCCAAGCAAGCAGCACGAGAGGAAGAAGCCGCGAAACGCCGCGCUGAAGCCAAAGCGGCAUCGAGAAGCGCUCCUCAGAUGGAACGAGGCGGAAGUCAAGCUGGCGCUGGAGCAGUUCGUCCACCUCUGCCACUCGCUGGUGCCAAGCUCGGAUGGCGCGAGAAGGAACGUCUCAGAGCUGAAGGCAAAGAAGUCCCAUCUGAACGCACCGAGUCUCCCAUGGCACGCGCCUCGCCCAUGGGUCGCGCUGCUCCCAUGGAGAGAACUGACAGUAACGAGCGUCCUACCGAGCGACCAUCUGCUUCCGGACCUCCUCGUCUCGCUCUCGCAGGCGGCAAGCCAAGCUGGAGAGAUAGAGAGGCGGCCAAAGCUUCCAGCGGCGGGCCAUCCUCUGACAACACUCCUCCUCCAGCUGCUGCAGGCCGUAACGCUUCUGGUGGUGCACCCUUAUUCCGCGGCCGAUCUGGCAGAGGUGAGGAAGAGCGUCGCGACGAAGAGAGACCACCUCCUACGGGCGAGGCUUCUCUUAGACCCAGCGGAGCAGCAGGCAAGUUCGUUCCACCGCAUCUCAGGAAUAAGCAGUAGAUUGAUCUGGUGUGGUGUGGGUGGGUUCGGUGGCGUGUACAAUUUUUGUCAGGGCGUUUAAUGGAAGCAAGUAGCUGGCACGAUCUUCUCUGAAAACAUGCUGGUGGUAGAUCAAUGGAAACUGAUUUCAAC